GUACCGUAUCAAAUUAAUUUAAUUUAAGAUGUAAAAUAUUAAUUAUUUUUAUUGAUUUUCUAUUAGUUUCAUUGAUUGUAUCGAGAAAAAACGCUUUUAAGUGCGAAAAUUUAAAAGUGUAUUGUAGCAAUUUCGAGAUUUGAGGUGUAAAAAUAUUAUUAACAGUGUACAAAUAAUAUUAACAGCUUAAAACCAACAUUAAAAGCUUAAAAAUAAUAUCAAAGUGUAAAAUUGCAGUGGAUUAAAAUAUAUGAUAUCAAAUGUGGAUAAUAACGUAAAUGAGAUUGAGAAUUCGGUUGAUGGCACGAGCAAACCUGAAAAAAGGUUAAUACGUCAGUUGAGCGUAAGUAUAAAGAAUUUGUCAGAAAGUUACAGUAAAAUGAAGUCGAACAAAGUCAUUUCAGGGCUAGAUAAAAACUACGUCAAGCAGAAUAAGCAGAGAAAUAACGCAAAUUCCAUGUUAUUGGUCAAAAAUGAGAAUGUGACCCCUCUGAUCCAGUGUAUUAACUACAAUGUUUUCAGUAUCAGAACACCCUGGAAGUACAUUAGCAAGGAAAACACACUCAGAAAUAACAUACAUGAAUUGUUGACCUUCUUCAAAAUACUCCAAAAACUCUUGAACAAAUACUUUCUGCAAUAUAACCUCAAUACACAACUGACAGAACGAGGUUCAGACGAUACUUCAGAACAUGACGCAAACCAUAAGAAAUUAUACCCCGAAAAAUACACUGAAGGUUUGAGUAAGUAUAAGGAAGGUAUUGGAAGAGAAGGACUAAUAGUAAAGCGAAUAGUUUAUGCUGAUAAAGACGAGUAUGGAUUAGAUUCAGAAGAUGAAGAUUUGGAGUUGGAUAGCAGAUUAAAUUACUUAAUCAGCUUCUGCAACAACAUUUACAACAAGAUUAACAUCCUGUUUGAACCAAUAGUGGAUAAUAAGGAGAAUAAAUCAGCGAUAUUGAAGUUAAAAGAGAACGAAGAUGAUAGGAACCUGAUAUACAUAAAUAACAAGUACUACAGUAUAAGGCAUUUCGGCUGUGAUCUACCGUCACUGAAUUAUCAGAAAUAUGUCAUCUUGGAUUUGUGCAGUUACAACCACAUUGGUGUGUAUGAUAACUUUGAGUAUAUGUACGAGUUCAUGGGACAGAUCAUAUCCCUACCAAUGAAUGACAAAUAUAUCCCAACCCUGACAUACAUACUUAAAGUGGUGUCGGUGGCACUGUUCUGGAUCAAUUUUGACAGCAGGGAUAACCUGAUAAUUCUCAACUAUAAUAAUAUUAACUUCAAUAUAAUGCUGAUUUACGCCUGUAUUAUGAUAGCCACCGGAACUGAGACCAGUGAACUGGAGUCCAAAUUACUCAACACACUGACGUGGAGAAAGAAAGUGAAUACAGGAGGAGCACCAAAUAACGAGAAUAUCCCAAUGAUGUACCCACUGUUGAAAUGGCCAACAUGCUAUAAAAGAUAUUUAUCCUACUAUAAACAGUUAAAUAAUUCCGUUAAAAAUAUCUUAAAACCAAAGGCAUUUGGAGAAAAGGGUAAGGACUUGGAGAAGUCCAGUAAGGAAUCUGGGAAACACAAGAAGGAUCCAGGAAAACACUCUAAGGAUUGUGGGAAACAUAUUAAAGAAUCUGACAGGAGGAAAUCCACUGAUUCCAGGGAUGGUACGUGUACACCCACGAAUGGACUGGAUAUGAAUUAUAUCCUCAACAACACUACGUCACUGUAUACUAAGAAAAGUUGUUUGCUGAAUAACAUAAUCAUGAUUAAUACCUUGAUUCCGCAAUAUAACAUUGAUAUUGAAAUUUAUCAAAUCAAUGAUUAUAACAACAGCAUGUACAACUAUUCCGACACGACUGGUAACUCGGGUGCCGGUACGAACUCUGUGCUGGAGACAAAUCGUACUAAAGAAGAAGAUGCUUGGUCAAAUAGUCUAAAAUUAGACUCUAACACUAGUUGUAAGUACUACAACAGUAUUUUCUUCAAGAACUACAAGUGUAACGGUAGUGAGGAAGAUAACGCCCAAGGUACUGAACCCGAUCCUACCAGAGCAAAUGACAACAUAAAGUUAAUCUCGUGUCCAUAUAAUUAUAAUGUGACCACUACCAACGCUUCUGCGCCGGGUACUUCAGGACUUCUAAGUAGUCUCAACGUCACGCACCAGAGUAAUAAGUCGUCGGGUACCAAAUCCCUGGAGUCUGAUGUGGUUAUAUAUAAUUAUAAUAACAGUGGGCUAGUAUUAGAGGAUGAUAUAAUUGUAGUUUUUGUAGUUAAUAAGAACAAGCUGAACCGGAAAUCCAUUGGAAGUUACUCAUUCAAUACAAAUAUGUUAACGAACAUGACAAUGCAGUUGACCAAAUAUGAUUUAGAUAUUUGGGAGCAAAAUAAUAAUAUUUUAUUAUUAAACAAUGUUAAAAUUAUUAUCAACACCACUGAUUUGGAAACGGCUAACUUGAAAAUUCCCAAAUCACUCGCAACGAAGAAGAGUUCCAAACAAUCCAAAUCUGAUGCCACAAAGACCGACGUUACUAAAUCAGAUGUAACAAAAUCACCUUUGUUAAAACAUGAUGCGUUGUUGGAUGAGCUGGAUGGUACUGAGAUGACAGAUCGUGAUUUAUGUAAGCCACCUUCAUAUGAAGUGGACGCUUAUUCAAUAGUAUAUGGCAGUGUGAUGAAUUUUAUAAAUAAUCACAUAAAAAAAAUUGACAUGAAGGAGUGUGAGAAUUUAAUGAAGUUGACAGGACACAAUAAGGAAACUUGUAUUCUGGCACUUAAAAUUUGUAAUAACUUUUCCAAUGCUAUGAACCUGCUGAUCAAGUUGAACAAACCGUACCACAACAAUUAUUAUUAUAAUAACAUAGCCAAUGAUUAUUAUAAUAAUAUUAACAUACAAGACGACCAUCAAUUCAUUAAUCACAUGUCCAAACUACAAAUUAGUGAACCACCAAGUGAAACUCAUGGGUCAGUACAGUCUGGUGACACUGGUGACAAACCUGGUAACUUGGGUGAUAUGGGCGACAUAAGUUUGUUUGAGAAUAUAAAUAAUGAGAAUCUACUUAAAUUGUUGAAUUACAACAGCAAAGUGAUAACACACAAUAUUACAAACUUGCAGCUGCACCAGUUUAUCACCAGUGACACAAACUGCACACAUAGUACAUCAGUAAGUGAUGUUAUGGUCACGGGAAAUCAACUCAAUAACACUUAUCCUCCACAAGUUGCAAGUAAAGCCGGUUCAAUACAUGCCUUUAGAACUAUGGCAUCAGAUAAAUCUUCUCUCACAGUAGGGACUGAUACUGCUAAGUUAGGUGAAACAGCUACCACCAAGUCAGUAGAUGGAAGUACUGGUAAAGUGGCGGAAGUAACACCUAUAAGGAUAGAUAGUAGUUUUAACAAUUUGGAACUUAUCAAAAGCGUUCCAGUAAAAUCUGUGCCAUCCGUUCAAGUUAGUGGAGUACCAUCAGUACUUACUGGCGACAUUCCAGUACAAUCUUCACUCACAACCCAACCUUGUGCAGAAGAAGAUAAAGAAGUACUAUUAACAACAAGGUUGGACAGUAACAUCUCGUCACCAGUCAAUGCAGCUGUAGCCAAAACACCAAGUAGUUCCAGUUCCAGUUCAACUGUUGUUGAGGUUAAGGAUAUCACACUCACAACCACAAUCGCAGUACCUGACAAACUCACACCAGAGUCUAAGGCUCUGGACGGCGAGGGCAAACCAGGGGAUGAUAAGAGUAAAAUAAUGGAUAAAGAUAAAGAGUCGGAUAAGACCAAGGAAGCAGACAAACGAGUUCCUAAAGCUCCAGAAAAAAUAGAGGAAAGGAUGGUUAAGAAAGCACCCCCGCCGCCGCCGGUAUCUAAAGCAGCAGGUAAGGCACCACCCCCAGUACCUAAAAAAGGAGGAAAAAUCCCACCGCCAAUCCCAAAAGGGUCAAUGAAAUCGGUAAAAAGAGUAUUACCACUGGGUGUCAAAUUACACUGGAAACCCCUGAACAAGUUCAAUGACACGAUCUUCAGCAGCAUUCACGAAAGUGAUAUUUACAACGAGGAGUUGAUUGACACGAUGACCAUAAAGAAGCUGUUUAGCCGUACGAAUACGAGUAGCACAAACCUCUCAAAAAUGGGAACUACUGAUUUAAGUGACAAAAAUAAAGCUGAAAACGACCCUAGUUCCACCAAGAAGACGAAGCUGAUUGAAAUCUUGGACAAUAAAAGAGUGCAAAAUUUGUCCAUUAUACUGAGGUUCAACUCCUAUGAAGACUAUCUCACACUCUUGAAAAAUGUCAACAACCUCGUCUACAUUAAUAUUCACACCAAUAAACUGAAGAAUACAGAUAAUUCUGGUGAUAGUGGCGACACCGCAGCUUGUUUGGCUGGAGAUAUAUUUGCGAAUCUGAAUGAUACGGUGGUGAUGGAUAAUAUAACGAAAUUAUACAUAGUAUAUCCGAAUAGCAAUGAGAUCGAGUCGUUGAUGAACAGUUACAAGGCAAAUAGUAAUUUGGAAGAGUAUAGACUUGUGGAGCGGAUGCUGCUGGAGAUUUUACUGAGAGAGAAUAUGCACUGUAAAAUUAAACUCUGUAAAUAUCUCAUUGACCUGAAGCAUCAAUUAAACUUAAUUAAUGAACAACUUAGCAUCUACAAGCUAGCUAUUGAGGAGAUUAAGACCAGUCGAGUCCUACCGCUGAUCCUGAAUAUUAUACUUCAGUAUGGCAACUUUGUGAAUUAUGGAAGUAUUAAAGCCGAAAAAGGCUUUACCCUUUCCUCUACCAUUAAACUUAUGGACUUUAAAACUCAAGAUAACUUGCUCUCAUCACUACACUACCUCAUCAUCAACCUGUACAUUAAACUUUACAAAAAUGCCACGGAACCAACUGAUACCAAGGGUGAAACUAGUCCCAAUGGUGCCACUCCCAGCACUGGUGAUAAAGAUGAAACUAACGGCAACACUCCUACCACCGAGAACAACAGUGCUGGUGACGAGUUGGUUGAUAUAAGUAAUGACUUGUUGUGCAUAAAUAUGAAGUUAACAAAUGUGUUGAGGGCUGAGAAAAUAAGUUCAGGCGACAUCAACACAAUACUCAAGGAUUUAUCCAACGAGCUUGUCAACAUCAUAUCGCUCCUCAAUUCUACCAAUACCUCCACUGUUACCAGCGCUAAAGAUGCUACUGCAAACGCCAACAAAGAUAAUAACCCUAAAACCGGUGACAGCACCAAAACUGCUGACAACGCUGCUAAGGAUGUGGAUUCGGUGGAAAUAAUGAAUAACGUGGUACACGUGUGCAAGAAUAAGUUGAAUGAGAUCAAUGUGGAGAAGAACGAGAUUUACAAUCAGAUUAAGAACGUUUGGAUCUACCUGGGAGAGGACGUUUCAAGUAUCACCAAGACUGCCAGUGGCGGUGUGGGAGAAGAGUUGAGUAACCUGGAGAACAUAUUCAAGAUCCUCAGCGAGCUGAUUAAGUGUAUAAUAAAAGUGUUCAACGACAUCAAGGCUAAGCCCACAAAGUACCUAAUUGUGCUCAGUAACGAGGAGGACAAACAACUCUUCCUCAAGCUAUUCAUGGAUAACAAAUCGCUCAACAAUUACAAUAAAAUGAAAAACAAACGACCCAAACACAAUCUCACACUCAAAUAACUUUUAAUUUUUUAUCCUCAUCA